AUCAAGUUGAAUUUGAAAAGCUUUAUAUACAAGGUGUUACUGGGGGGAGGUAUUUAACAGGCGAGGGUGCAAGAGGAAUUCUUUUGCGUUCUAAAUUACCUUCUGAUGCAUUGGCCAAAAUAUGGACGCUUUCAAAUGUAACAGCAAAUGAAUACCUCACUUUCCCGGAGUUUGCUCUUGCUAUGUAUCUUACAAGUUUGAAGUUAAAGGGACAAGAGUUACCCAAUAAAUUACCUGAUAGCAUUUUUAAUGAACAACAAUUUUCUGGAUUGUCGAUGGUUCCUAGUGUGUCUCAAUAUUCCUCUGUUCCUGCUAACUCUGGGAUAUCUGUAAUGCCUGGUAUGGUGCCAUUUACGCAACGAAUGAUGCCGCAACAGAAUCCACAGCAACAAUAUAGCACCGCCGGAUUACAGGGAAAUGCUAAAAUUCCGUGGGCUGUGACACAAGAAGAAAAGAAUCAAUAUAGAGCAAUAUUCCGGCAAUGGGAUUCAACAGGGUUGGGGUAUUUAACGG